AUGUGGGGGGCAGUCAUUGCCAUCCUGCUGCUCUUCUUGCAGCUCGCAGAUCUGCACGAAUGGCUCCCUGGUGGCCCAUGGCCGAUUUUCUCGCUACACACUCUUCCGUCUCCUGACAUUCUCGAGCGAUACCCAGGCUUGGGACUCAGAAUUGCACAGGCCGAUGCUCAGACACAGCGUUUGGGAUACGUGCGUGCACCACCAGAUGACUUGGCCUUUCUCUCCGUGUUCUUGCUCUCUGCUAUGGCAUGUUUGGGCUGUAGUGCUACAUACCACACAGUCGCUUGCCAUUCAGAACGCACGGCCCUAAGCUACAACCGCCUCGACUACGCUGGCAUUGUCUUGCUCAUUGUCGGCAGUAACGUGCCUGCCCUGCAUUUCGGCUUCCAUUGCCACCCACAUCUGCGCACACUGUAUACGACACUGGUCACAAUUUGGGGCACCAUUGCACUGUACAUCGUGACGCAGCCAAAGUUCACUGUGCCCAAGUACAAGACGUUGCGAGCAAUGAUCUUCAUCGCGCUGGGCCUCAGUGCGGUCUUGCCGGUUGUCCAUGGCUUUCUGAUUGCGCGUGACUGGUUCUUUGUCACACACGUGUUGGGAGCGCGGUUCCUCAUGCUCAGCGGCGCCGUGUACAUUGGAGGCGCUCUGAUCUACGUGGCACACAUCCCCGAGCGCUGGUCACCUUACACGUUCGAUUACAUUGGCGCCUCCCACCAGAUCUUCCAUGUCUGUGUGUUGUUGGGAGCCUGGCUCCACUGGCUUACUGUACGCCAAGCAUACACGGUCUGGCACUCGCUCGAGACGUCAGCGGGUGAAUACAGCCGAGAGGCUGUGUGCGCUGUUGUACAUGCCGCGACGAAUCAGGCAUGA